UACACUACGAACAUAUUCAUAACCCUCAAACAUAAGGUAAUAGUUUUUUACUGAUAUAUCCACACCUACACACAUACAAUACUUGCGGCUCAAUGACUCAUCAAGGUAGUGACUUAGAAGAAUCACUUGUUCAAAGGCAAGAGAAGAUCAAUGCUGCAUGUUCCUUACUAUUUCAACUUGGUUUCGGUGAAAAUCUGUUUACCAUAGAGAAUAUCUAUGAACAUGGCUUCACCGACAAUGAAUUUCUGGAGUUCAUCGAACCACUUACUUCAAUCGCAGAUCUGGAGACCGAUGUGGACGAAUUAGAACAUAUCUCCACUUAUCUCCCCUUCAAAGUUAGUCAAUCUCAAUCAUAUAUAUGUUUACCGCCUUAUGAUUUCGGUCACUUCCUUGAAUUUAUGAACGGUUUGAAUGGUUCAGAAGGUCCAAAAACGUUGGAUGAUGUAUCCACAAGGAUAAAGAAGAAGAAGAAAAAUCUAGAAAAGAACGAACUAACAAAAGGUGAAGUUGACUUAGCACAAAUGCUGGUUGCUUAUGCUGCUUCUCGUAGGCUAGCUCGCACGAACAUUCUCUAUGAGAUCGAGGAAUUAAAGAGACGACAAAAGGAGAUGGAGAUGGAAUAUGCAAGAAUUGAUGAUGAUUUGAGGACAAAGUUAGGUCCUCUUUAUGAUUACAAAGAGCCUUCUAUAUAUGAGUUGAGGAUAGAGGCUUAUAAGCUUUAUGAGGAGGAUUGUAAGUCUAAGGGAAUAAUUGCCAUCCCUAAGUAUCAUGAGAUGGGAUUUAAGAAAGCAAUGGAUGCUUUUGGCGACAUUGUGAAAGAGCGUCGUCGCCUUGCUACAUACGUGAAUGAUCCUAUUAGAAAAGAGAACAUUAAGAACCACUUCAAAGGGAUGAUUUUGAUGUUUGCCGGUGAUAAGACUGAUCACGGUGAUACAAAAAUUGUUUAUAAGUUUGCGAGUGAAUUGUCUGAGGGAGUUUAUGAUGAGCCAAACCUUCCAUCUUCAAAGAGGGCACGAAGUGGUAAGAAGAGAAAGGACGUGCACAGCCGGAAAACUAAGAAAAUAAAAUAUGAAUCAUGACAAAGUUCAAUUUUAAUUUUGUGAUAGCCCCCUCUUUUAUUGAUAUAUGUUCACCAAAGACUU